CGUCGUGUGCCCGUUGCCCGUGCGUGUCGCCCGCCGCUGACGCAGUCCUCGUCCUCCGCCACCACUUCCGCCGCGCGGUCGGCCCGUACCGUUCUGUGCGCGCGCGAAAACCGUCAUUUUUCCGUUCGGCGUCGUACAGCACAGCAGCCCCGUACAGCGCGGCGACGCGUUCCGGUCCGUUUUUCAUCGCGCGCGCGCACCUACUCUCCGCCGGACGACUGUCGAACAGUAAAAUAAUAAUAAAUAUCAUAUUAUUAUUAUCCGUGCGACUGCAGUGUUUACCGCCACCGGAUAUUAUUUUUUUGUUUUCGUCGACACCAAAUAACAUUAACCGGGCCGAGAAAAGACGCGCAAAACCCGUCUGCGGUCUGCCCCCCGCCGGGUAACGUGGUGAACUUUAAUUAUAUUUUCGUCGCCGUCACGGCGGUCUAGCCGUGCGCCGUCGCCGAGUUCACGCGGACGUCGAACGCCGAUCACGCCGCUGCCGCCCCCCGGCGGGCCGGAAUCUUGCACGUGACACGCCGUACGGGCGGCGUCGAAAAACCGUAGAACGCGGAAACGCCGUGACGCAUAUCGCGCAUCGCCGUAUCUCGGGCACUGCGACGUAGGCCGCGCGCGAUAACACCGCACGGCCGAUAAUCGGCGGCCGACGCACCGCCGCGUGCAGACGGGUCCGCCACGAUGAUCGGUUCGCGCUGUAGCGUGGGCGUCGUCGCGGUCGUCGCGCCGAAAGCGUCGUCGCCGUCGCUGCCGCUGUUACACUCGCGUCGCCGUCCGACCGGGUCGUCAACAACGACGACAACGACAUCAGUAGUGCGCUAUCGCGUCGCUCCGUAACGAUAACCGUUUUUUCGUUUCGUCGUUUAUAUCCGUUCUUCGCGGUAUUACAAAUUAUUACUGUCGUAUCGUCAUAAUUAUUGUUUCGCGGUGUUAAUCGCGUGGCGUGAGAUACGCGACCGCGCGGUACUGCGCACAUCCAUCGUCCACGGGCAGAGCUUUUGGACGCCGCCGAGAAAUCGUUCGCCGAGCACGCUGCAACUGCGACCUCAGAGCAUACGAGAUGUCGCAGGAGUCUCAAAGUCCAUUAGGCCAAUGGAGCAACAAAUACAGUUCCGUGUUGGCCACGCUUGGCUGUACUUUGGGAGCCUUCAACAUCAGUCGGUUCGCCAUACUUGCAGUACAAUUUGGAGCCAACUUUAUACUACAGUUCCUAGUGUUAUCGUUGCUAGUCGGCAUACCUCUGUUUACGUUUCAUAGUUCGCUCGGUCAAUUACUAGGCGCCGGAGUCAUGGAUAUGUGGAGAAUAUCACCGAUAUUCAAGGGGAUUGGCAUCGCACUGCUCCUUGCCCAAGCGUUCAUUGGCACAUACACCGUGAUUGGCAUCUCGUGGAUGUUCACAUAUUUCCGCGAUUCGUUCAUCACGAAACAAGACGUUUACCGUUGGGCAGAACCUAUCGACGAGUACAAAGAAGACGGAAUGCCCUGGACUUUAUCUUCAAAUGUCAGUUAUAAUAUCGAAGAGACGGUACCUGGUUACUUUAACGGUAUAGUUCUACAGAGAAAGUAUCUGGAAAAAAUCGAGAUGAACGACAACUCGUUGAAAUUGCCCGUAGUAAUCAACCUGACGAUCAUAUGGACAAUUGUGUUCAUAUGCUUAAGUAAAGGUUUGAAGUCGUACAGUAAGGUUAUAUGUAUAUUCUCAUUAGUACCGGUUUUCGGUAUGUUCAUGUUAUGCACGAAAAUGUUGGGUUUAGCACCAAUGAUUGGCUUCCAACAUCAUGAUAUUUUUCCAGAAACAGAUUGGAGCGAAUUUUUUCUCAACACCAAGAGUUGGGUGGCGGCGUUCACCGAGACGUUUCUCACGUGGGGCAUACUCGGCGCGUGCACAAUGCAAAUCACUUCGCACAAUCGACCCAAGCAUUUGCUACACAGAGACGCUUCGUUAGUGAUCAUCCUGACAAUAGCCGUACUCGUAUUAGCCGCGCUUUUAGCUAACACGUGCGUACAUCUCCUGGAAGCCCACGGAUACAUGUACCUGCCCAGUUCUUUUGAACGGAUGAGUUCCUAUACGUUUCUGUUCAAACAGAAUUCUGCUCAGGUCCGCAAACACCUGACGCCCGUGCGGUGGAUGCAGCACAGUAGUCUUUUUAUGGGCGAGAGGACCAUGAAGAACAACGUGCCGGGAAUGCCGCAGGAGAGUGGAUACCAGGCCAUGCGUUUGGCGACUGAACUGUUUCCGGCCACGUUCGCCAUGAUUGGCGCCAAGAACAUCUCGCCGUUCUGGUCCGUCCUGUUUUAUUCCGUACUCAUCAUGUUCGGCAUCGGACAGCAAAUCGCGAUAUGGCAUUGCGUCGUCAGCGGAAUCAUAUCUUUGCACCCGUUCAAGCUGAGGAAAUGGCGUACAACGAUCACAUUUCUGUCGUGUGCGGCCGCUUUUUCGAUCGGCCUAUUUAUGGCGACUGAACUGGGAAUUUUCGUCGUGUAUCUAAUGGACUACUGCGUCGGGUGCGGUUGGUGGAUAAUGAUACUGUAUUUGCUGGAAAUUGGUGCAUUGUUUAUGGUGCGCGGUCGUCCAUACAGCGGUGAGACGGUAGUGGCGACGCUGUUUUCGCAGGCCAACCAUCACCUGCAGGUGUGGAUGGCGCCGAUGCUGUCGUUCGAUUGGAACAUCGUCGUGCCAGUGGCUCUGAUCCUGCUCAGCACGUCCGUGUUCAAAAACGGUGGAUACCGAUGGCUGUACAACUGGAAGGGAAUUUCUCAGUCGACUUAUUGGUCGACGUCCAGCCGCGAGUUUGGCUGUUUGCUGCAGAUCAUACCGCUGCUGAUCGUCCCUUUUGCUGGAAUCGUACAAACUUGCCGGUACUUAGCUACCGGACCACCGGACUUGUUCGACCGGAUUCAGAUGCUGUACCGGCCUGUGAUCGAGACCCGUAGGCCCCCAGAAACCGGUGAAACGACGUCCGAAGCGGGCGUAAACGGCUCAGCGGCAGUGCAGAUCGAAGACCCGCCGCCCAAGUACACUCCACCGCCGUCGUAUUCCACGGCCACCGGAGCAAGAAUCGCGAAAAUGUUGCGGCAGAGCAUCCGGCGGAGCGUGCGCAGGUUGGCGCACGUGCUCAGCAACCACCAUCAGUCGGCGAUACUCGGCGAGUCGUCUUCCUCGUCCUCGACGGCUGCCGCGCGAACCGUCCAAUCGGCGGCGGCGGCGACGUCUUCAUCUUCCUCACACCACCAGCAGACCACAGUCCUCUCGGCGACGUCACCGCCGGCGGACGUACAACAGUCCGUCCCGGCCGCGUCCUCUCCGCCGCCCGACUACACGACCGUGCUGGUCGAGAUGCACCGGGACGACGACGACGACGACGUCGUUUCUGUAGCGCGGACCGUCUGCGGCGAAUCAUCGUCCGCGUCCAGUCUGUCCGACGAGCAGAGCACCAGCAUUGAGUGUCUAAUGGAACGGGCCGCGCCCAUCAACGUGGACCGGACAGGACCGGUGGCAGCUGCGGCGGCGGCGACGGUUGGAUCGCACUAGUCCCGCGCAUGGCAAUCGAAAAUCUAAUAUUGUAAAAUAUAAGUUUAUAAAAUACCUCUAUUCGCCGUCGUCUCGAGAGCAGAGUCGUUAGCACGCGGGUUUCGCGGUAAUGUAAAUACCUUUUGUAAAUAGGAAUUUAAUCAAUCGUUUUUUUUUACGUUUACACAAAAAAAAAAAAAAUAAAUAAUAAAACAAAAUGACUGUGAUAA